GCUACAACAUGGCGGCGCCCGUGUGAAAGUCACGCCGCUGUAAUCUGUCACAAGAAUACAGUCAUAUUCCUGUCUAAUUGGUUGCCUCGUGCUGCUGGCAUGAACAGUUGUUUGUCGUAGAAGUGUGUAUUAACACAAUGGCGACAUAAGACGUCAAGACUUUGACACAAACUAAUUUGCAGACGCGCUAGCUUUGCUGUCAAAGCCUGGUAGCUUAGCAUCGUAGCUAUCCAAUCGGCAAUUCGUGAAGGAUUCCCGAUGGAGCCCGACCAACUGCGAAAUCUGCGGGAUUUUCUGCUGGUUUACAACCGCAUGACGGAAAUUUGCUUCCAGCGAUGCUCCAGCAACUUCAGCUACAGAAACCUAACCAUGGACGAGGAGCGCUGUGUGGAUAACUGUGCUGGGAAGCUGAUUCGCUCCAACCACCGCCUGAUGGGGACCUACGUGCAGCUAAUGCCAAAAAUGGUCCAGCGUCGAAUGGAGGAGAUGGAGAGCAAUGCUGCGGAGAAUGCUAAGCUAGCAGAGACUGCUGCAGCUGACAAAGCAGAUGGAUCUGGCAUGGCUGUCCCUGUUACAACAGAAGGUUUAUCGAUAGAUCAGCCCUCUGUCACCUCCACUCCAUCCUCACAAACACCCUCAUUUAUCUCGUCAGCUGUGACAGAUGUGGGACCGGUUCAGACAUCCACUGAAUCCGGACAGGCAAUUGAGAAAUCUGCACCAUCAACCCCUUCCCUUGGUUUAGGUGAAGCCAUGCUUAGGCCAGAGGUGCCUGACUCAGGCUUAAGGCCUACUGCAUUAGACAUACCAGUUGAGCUGAGUCCUUCAUCUUCCAAAUUCACAGUAGCCCCACCAGUCACCAAAAGCCAGUUAGUCGCUGCCACACCAAUCACAUCUCCAGCAGAAAUCAUAAAUCCUUUAGGACUUAAUACAGUGGUUAGUAGACCAUCCAAUACUGCAGUCUCACCUUUAGAAUCACCCCCUUUCCCCCCAACAGUCCAAGCUGGAGACCCAUCCAAGUCUGGACACUCGGCACCAGUACCUGUUCAGCCUAUGUUUACCCCAUCUAAACCAGUUACAUUUUCAGAAGAUGUAUCUGUGCCUGCUGUUCCAGCUCCGGCGGUGUCUAAACCCACAGAGAGCCCAACAGGUCAGGAGAGACCCUAGGUGGUUUCCCCGACAUCAGGCAAUAAUGGCAUCCGACUGGGGCUCUGACCCACCCAUGCCCACCCGGGCCAUCUCGUCCCAACCACCUCGUCUAGUUCAGACCAUCAGUGGCCAAAUUCUUAAUUACUCAUUACUGGCAUUUCCAAGUGUGCUACCAUCCACUGUGAAGAAAUGGUCUCUGUUCCAAACAAGAUGAAGUAAGAUGGGUGAUAAGGACUGGGUCUGUUCUAACAAGCUGUACAAUUAUAGUACUUUUCAGAAGAGUGUUGUAGAAACUAUAGUAGUAAUGUCAAAAGAUAAUAAUAUGAUGGACAAAACUCCUAAAAUGAAACAAGGUUUCGAGAAAUGAGAAAAAAAAUGUAAACCAACAUUAAACAAAAGUUAAUGUUGUAUCAAUGUUUGUUUGACAUAAUGUAAUAUACGUGACAACACUGAUUUUUGUUCUCUACCAACAUGACAGUUCAAAACACAUAGGGACCUGGCUGGUAAAAGACUGGUGACAUUUGGCCUUUGGCCGAGACUUAAAAAUGCCCAGGUUGGGACCUACUUGAUAUACUUGAUAAACCACUUGAUAAACAACAAAUCUUCAGUGUCGUUGUGCAAAGUAUUGAAAAGGACAACAUAAUGAUCUUGAGCAAUAAAGAUGAGAUUCUGAAUAUUAAUUUUCAUGUUUUCCUUCUUCACGGUGUUCUGCCGCCGAGAGCGAUGCUUAGCCGAUUACUCUGCAUUAAGUAUUCUUGAUGACCAGUGUUUCAGUGAGUCAGUAAGCUGUUAAGGGUUCACAUCCAUUUAAUUAACUAUGACUGAACAUCUCUCCCAUGUUUCCAGUCAUUCAACUGUAUUCUUCCCAGUAUUACAGCAGUGUGAUA